GCUAUGGGGGGCAAUACUGGCUGCAUGUCGUCCCCCCCACCCAUGGGUGCCCCCCCCCCAAGCCUGCGAGGUCCCUGGGCACCCGUUAAGCGCUGGCGGCACAGGUUGCUGCAUGGGCCGAGCCUCGGGGCCGCCAUGGGGCAGAGCGAGUCGGAGCCGCAGGAGGAGACGGAGGACUCGUCGCUGACGGCCGCGCUGCCCAAGCUCUUCGCCGAGGAGCAGCUGCCGACCGGCGCGGUGCUGGGGGCGAUGCUGGGGCUCGGUGUCUUCGUGGUGCUCGUCGCCGCCGCCAUCGCGGUGCUGGUCCGCAGGCUGCGCCUGAAAAAGGUGCCGGCUCAGGAGACACCCAAGUACCGUUUCCGCAAGCGGGACAAGAUGCUCUUCUACGGGCGCAAGAUCAUGCGCAAGGUCUCCCAGUCCACCUCGUCCCUGGUGGACACCACCAUUUCCAGCACCUCCCGGCCCCGCAUGAAGAAGAAGCUCAAGAUGCUGAAUAUCGCCAAAAAGUUCCUGCGCAUCAAGAAGGAGCUGCCCACGCUGCAGCUGAAGGAGCCUCCGCCCUCGGUGCUGGAAGCCGACCUGACCGAAUUCGACGUGGCCAAUUCCCACCUGCCCUCCGAAGUGCUCUACAUGCUGAAAAACGUGCGGGUGCUGGGGCACUUCGAGAAGCCGUUGUUUCUGGAGCUUUGCAAACACAUGAUCUUCCAGCAAUUCCAGCAGGGAGAAUACGUUUUCCGGCCCGGGCAGCCCGACACCAGCAUCUACGUGCUGCAGGAUGGCAAGUUGGAGCUCUUCCUGACGGAGCCGGACGGGAAGGAGACGGUCAUGAAGGAGGUGUUCCCGGGCGACAGCGUGCACAGCCUGCUCAGCAUCCUCGACGUCAUCACGGGGCACCAGCGGCCCUACCGGACGGUGUGCGCCCGGGCGGCAGAGGACUCCACCGUGCUGCGGCUGCCCGUCGAGGCCUUCUCGGCCGUCUUCGAGAAAUACCCCGAGAGCCUGGUGCGGGUGGUGCAGAUCAUCAUGGUGCGUUUGCAGCGUGUCACCUUCCUGGCCCUGCACAACUACCUGGGCCUCACGAACGAGCUCUUCAGCCACGAGAUGCAGCCGCUGCGGCUCUUCGCCCAGCCCAGCCACGCGGCCCGCACCAGCCCCGUGCGCCACAGCAAGCGGGUCCUGAGCGCUGCCGCCACCGACGAGGGCAGGGAAAACACAGCCAGGACACCAGAAGCAGCCAGGGACCUGGGUAAGACUCGGGUUGGGGUCACGUCCUGCUGGCAUCGCCGUUGUCCGGAUGCGUCCCCAGCGCUCAGGGCCACGUGUCACCCCACAGCCGACCCGCUGAAGGCAGGAGGUCUGGAUGCCCCCGCGCCGCCGUUGCUGAGUCGCUGCAUCUCGAUGCCGGUGGACAUCUCCGGCAUCCAAAGAGGUCCCCGCUCCGACUUCGACAUGGCCUACGAGCGCGGCCGCAUCUCGGUGUCGCUGCAGGAGGACAGCACCGGCGCCCUGGCCUCCUUCUCCCGGUCCAUCUCCCAUGAGCCCAAGGAGCGCAAGUCGGUGACGGUGGAGGAGCAGCCGUCGGGCGUCUACCACUACAACUACUGCGAGGACGAGACGGUGAGCGGCGACUGUCCCUUCGGGCCCUACCAGGGCCGCCAGAGCAGUGCCAUCUUCGAGGCGGCGAAGCGGGAGCUGGUGAAGCUCAUGAAGGUGGAGGACCCAUCACUGCUCAACAACCGCGUCUUGCUCCAUCACGCCAAGGCUGGGACAGUCAUCGCCCGUCAAGGGGACCAGGACGUGAGCCUCCACUUCGUGCUCUGGGGCUGCCUGCACGUGUACCAGCGGAUGAUCGACAAGGCGGAGGACGUGUGCCUCUUCCUGACGCAGCCCGGCGAGAUGGUGGGCCAACUAGCCGUGCUCACCGGCGAGCCCCUCAUCUUCACCAUCAAGGCCAACCGCGACUGCACCUUCCUCAAGAUCUCCAAGUCGGACUUCUACGAGAUCAUGCGGGAGCAGCCCAGCGUGGUGCUGAGCGUCGCCCACACCGUGGCCGCCCGCAUGUCGCCCUUCGUGCGCCAGAUGGACUUUGCCAUCGACUGGAUGGCGGUGGAGGCCGGGCGCGCGCUCUACAGGCAGGGCGACAAGUCGGACUGCACCUACAUCGCGCUCAAUGGGCGCCUCCGCUCCGUCAUCCAGAAGGGCAGCGGCAAGAAGGAGCUCAUCGGCGAGUACGGCCGCGGGGACCUCAUCGGCGUGGUGGAAGCCCUCACCCGGCAGCCCCGAGCCACCACGGUCCACGCCGUCCGGGACACGGAGCUGGCCAAGCUGCCCGAGGGGACCCUGAACAACAUCAAGCGCAGAUACCCCCAGGUCGUCACCCGCCUCAUCCACCUGCUGAGCCAGAAGAUCCUGGGAAACCUGCAGCAGCUCCGGGGCCCCUUCGCAGGCUCCGGCUUGGGCAUGGCCUCCAGCUCGGAGCCCACCAACCCCACCAGCAACCUGUCGACGGUGGCGGUGCUGCCGGUGUGCGACGACGUGCCCACGGCCGCCUUCACCCUGGAGCUCAAGCACGCGCUCAACGCCAUCGGUCCCACGCUGCUCCUCACCAGCGAUAUCAUCCGCGCCCGGCUUGGCUCAUCGGCGCUGGACAGCAUCCACGAAUACCGCCUGUUGGGCUGGCUGGCCCAGCAAGAAGACAUCCACCGCAUCGUGCUCUACCAAACCGACUGCACCUUGACGCCCUGGACCGUGCGCUGCAUCCGGCAAGCGGACUGCAUCCUCAUCGUGGGGCUGGGAGAGCAGGAGCCGGCGCUGGGAGAGCUGGAGCAGAUGCUGGAGAACACGGCCGUGCGCGCCCUGAAGCAGCUGAUCCUGCUGCACCGCGAGGACGGCGCCAGCCCUUGCCGCACCGUCGAGUGGCUCAACAUGCGCAGCUGGUGCUCGGGCCACCUGCACAUCAAGUGUCCCCGGCGCGUCUUCUCCCGCCGCAGCCCCACCAAGCUGAGGGAGAUGUACGAGAAAGUGUUUGAGAAAAACGCCGACCGGCACAGCGACUUCUCCCGCCUGGCGCGGGUGCUCACCGGCAACACCAUCGCCCUGGUCCUGGGUGGAGGCGGCGCCAGGGGUUGCUCUCACAUCGGGGUGAUCAAGGCCAUGGAGGAGGCGGGGAUCCCCAUCGACAUGAUCGGCGGCACCUCCAUCGGCUCCUUCAUCGGCGCGCUCUACGCUGAGGAGCGCAGUGCUGUGCGCACCAAGCAGCGGGCCCGCGAGUGGGCCAAGUGCAUGAAUUCGGUGUUCGAGACUGUCCUGGACCUCACCUACCCCAUCACCUCCAUGUUUUCGGGCUCGGCCUUCAACGCCAGCAUCAAUAAGGUUUUCCAGGAUAAGCAGAUCGAGGACCUGUGGCUGCCCUACUUCAACGUGACGACCGACAUCACGGCCUCGGCCAUGCGGGUGCACACGGAUGGCAGCGUUUGGCGCUACGUCCGAGCCAGUGCGUCUUAUACCCCCUACCUGCCUCCGCUCUGCGACCCCAAGGACGGCCACUGGCUCGUGGACGGCUGCUAUGUUAACAAUGUCCCAGGCUCGCUCUGGCGGUACGUGCGAGCCAGCAUGACCCUUUCCGGGUACCUCCCGCCCCUCUGCGACCCCAAGGACGGCAACUUGCUGAUGGACGGUGGUUACAUCAACAACCUGCCAGCCGACAUCGCCCGCAACAUGGGCGCCAAAACGGUGAUCGCCAUCGACGUGGGCAGCCAGGACGAGACAGACCUGUGCAACUACGGCGACAGCCUCUCAGGCUGGUGGCUCCUCUGGAAACGCCUCAACCCUUGGGCCGAAAAAGUCAAGGUCCCUGACAUGGCGGAGAUCCAGUCACGCCUGGCCUACGUGUCGUGCGUGCGGCAGCUGGAGGUGGUCAAGUCCAGCUCCUACUGCGAGUACAUCCGGCCCCCCAUCGACCGCUUCAAGACCAUGGAUUUCGGCAAGUUUGACGAAAUCUAUGACGUGGGCUACCAGCACGGUAAGGUGGUCUUCGACGGCUGGAGCCGCGGGGACAUCAUCGAGAAGAUGGUGAAGGACCGGCGCUCGGCUGACUUCUACGAAAGCAAGCGCAUGGACGUGCUGACGUGCCCCAGCGCCGGCUUCACGGACCUGGCGGAGAUCGUGUCCCGCAUCGAGCCCGCCAAGAGCUACCUGUCGGACGGUUACGCGGACGAGGAGUCUGACUACCUCACCGAGUACGAGGAAGAGGGGCUGGAGGUGGCGCGGGGCGAGGAGGAGGCUUUCGCCCCGGCCGAGUGGCCCGGGGCCUCCGAGACGGAGGACGAGAAGAGCCUGCGGCACCGGCCGAGCCCAGCGCGGGAGCCCUCCACACCCCAAGCCUGAGCCCCGCGGCACCCACCCCGGCACCCCAGGACGCCCCGACCACCCGGAGGAGCCACCUCUCCCUGCCGCUGUCCCAAAGCCCGGGUGGGGACACCGGCCGCCCGGGGACGCUCAAGGGACCCCCUUUCCCCUCCCGGCACCAUUGCACUGGCCCAGUUCCCCCUCGGAGGCCGAAGGCCGAGCACCCACCUCAUCCGGCGGGUGCCCCCGCGGGAUCCGUUUAGCCGAGGGGGAAAACGACUGCUGUAUAUUUUUUAUUAUUAUUAAUAUUAAUAUUAUUAAUAUUAUUUAAAAGGAA